GGGCGCAGGGGCGGCGGGCGGGUAAUGUUGUUUGGGAGUCACCUGACCGCUCGCGCCGCAGUCGGGCCGCAGCCUCUGUGGCAGGAGUGGCCGAGUCCGAAGGAGCGGGGGGAGAAGGAGAAGGAAGGGGGCGAGGCGGUGACGGCGCUGCCCUCCCGCCGACCGGCCCGCGGGUAAGGGGGCCCGUGCGGAGCAGCGGCGGCAGGCGCUGAGAUUUGAAGAAUAGAAGCAUGCUUUCCGCUGAGACUUACACUACUACUUGUGAUACAGAAUGUCUCUAAGUGAGAAGAACAGUGUGGUUUUUGCAUAUGAAUCUUCAGUACACAGUACCAAUGUACUUCUCAGUCUUGAUGAUCAGAGAAAGCAAGAUAUUCUUUGUGAUGUUACUAUUUUAGUGGAAGAUCAACGAUUUCGGGCUCACAAAGCUGUGCUUGCAGCUUGCAGCAGUUACUUCCUUUCAAGAAUUGUGGGUCAGGUGGAUGCUGAUCUUAUCAUCACUUUACCGGAAGAGGUGACACUUAAAGGAUUUAGUCCUCUGCUUCAGUUUGCAUACACAGCUAAACUUGUUCUAAAUAAAGACAAUGUGUCUGAAGUUUGCAAGUGUGCUGAAUUUUUGGGUGUACACAACAUUGAAGAGUCAUGCUUUCAGUUUCUCAAAUUCAAAUUUUUGGACUUCAAAUCGGAUCAGCAGGAGUGUCCUAGGAAGAAGUGUUGUACACCGCAUUUUCAGAAAACAAGCCCUAAAAUUGGCAAUGUGGACGAUGGAGACCUAGAAAUAGAUGAUGAAGCAGAGGAACUUUUAGAAAAGGAAUAUAUGCAAACUCCUGACACAAAGAUCUGUAAAGAUGAAGAAAAUGCUAAAUUGUCACCUGCUGUCCAAGAUAAUGCAAAUCAAACAUGUGAUCCUGUACACGUAGAAAGGGGUGGUGUUUCCAGCUUAUCUUCCCAAUGUCCAAAAUAUAGGAAAUUCCAGAAAGCUUUCGGAAAUGACAAAGUUCAUAAUUCAGAGACUAAUUCCAGUAUUAAAGACAUUCAGGUGCCACCAAUUGCAACUUUUAUUGAGAAGGACAUAUCUGAUAAUGAUGUCAUACAAAAAGCUCAGGAGUGUGUACCUAUGCAGCUGGUCUCAAAAUGUGAAGAGACUCAGGUAAAAAUGGAAGAAGGGGAGGAAGACAUGGAGAAAAAGGAAGAGUCAAAGAGAGAUUCUGUGACUCAGAAUGUGUCGUGUCCUGUGGAGAAAGUGGAUCUCGCUGCUUUCCCCGCACAUUCUGCUGCACCUCAUGGACUCAACUCUGUGUCUUUUUUACAUACUUACGAGCAAUAUGGUAACUUGAAUUUCAGUGGUAUGCAAAACAACACAGUCUUAGCUGAAAAAGCUUUAUCAGGUACUGGAGUUGGGAAUGACAAAAUUGAAAGUCAAGAUGACGCACCGUUGAAGGUUGAUUUGAGCACUAGAGAAGCCACUAACAUUACAUCAGCUGUUGAUCGAAGCAGUGUGGAGAGAGAGGUAGCAGAACAUCUAGCACAAGGGUUCUGGAGUGAUAUUUACAGCACAGAUCAAAUGCAUUUACCACCUGCAGUUCCAAAAGAACGCUUGGAGCCUGUAUAUUCGGGGAAGAAAUCAGAGUGUCCGUGGCUGGGUAUCAGGAUCAGUGAAAGCCCUGAACCUUGCUCUCAGCGAACUUUUACAACGUUGAAUUCUGUCAACUGCCCCUUUAUAAGCAACCUUAGUACUGAAGGAGGCUCCAACAGCUCUGAAAUAAGCAGUGGAGAUUAUGCUCAGGGACAGCAACAAGAACAAUGUCCCUAUAAUUAUCUAAUAACUUUGGGAGAGGAUUCAGAAACUGACACCGAGGGAGACAGUGAAUCCUGUUCAGCAAGAGAACAAGAAUGUGAGGUAAAACUGCCAUUUAAUGCACAAAGGAUUAUCUCACUUUCCAGAAAUGACUUCCAGUCAUUUCUGAAGAUGCAUAAAUUAACUCCUGAACAAUUGGACUGUAUUCAUGAUAUCCGAAGACGAAGUAAAAAUAGAAUUGCAGCACAGCGAUGUCGUAAGAGAAAACUUGACUGCAUACAAAAUCUUGAAUCUGAAAUUGAAAAACUGCAAAAUGAGAAGGAGAACUUGCUGAAGGAAAGAAACCACAUUUUGUCAACUCUGGGCGAGACAAAGCAGAAUCUGACUGGACUUUGCCAGCAGGUGUGUAAGGAAGCAGCCUUGAGUCAUGAGCAAAUACAAAUACUUGCAAAAUAUUCUUCCUCAGAUUGUCCACUUUCGUUUUUAUUCCCGGAGAGAGAACGAACAACUCCAUCUAAUAGUGAGCUUGCAAUACCAGCAUGUAUAGAAUCAGCAGAUGGUCUUUCAGGUGUUACAUCUACAAAUGAGCGGAGUUCUUGCUAUCAGUGUGUGAAAAGUGUGUCUGAUGCAACAUAUGAUCAAGCACAAGAGCUGCAUCCAGUUUCUGUGAGAACGUUUGAGAAAACUUCACUUGUGGAACAGUGUGGACAGAGUGGCGGGAUUACAGACUUCUGUCAGCAAAUGACUGACAAAUGCACUACAGAUGAGUGACUCGAUUCUUUUCCUAUUGCCAGCCUCUCAAUGUUGCAACUAAAAGUGUGAUUGAGCAUUAUCAUAAAGUAAUUGAGCAUUAUCGUAAAGAAAAGAUGAAACUUUAUGCUUUGAAACCCCAUUGACAAUUACAUGGUUGUUAUAUUACUUGGCAAGUGUUGGGUUUGGUCUGUGUUUUCUAGAGUGUAAUUUGGAUGUGUCAGCCUUGGAGCUUUUUCUGUGUGGUGGUGCCAAGGAGAGCUGAGGAAAGUUAUUAGAAAGUAUAAACUGUGCACAGAUGUUUGUUUGUGCAGAAGCUUUCAUUCAGAUAUAGAGCAGCCUUCACUCUGAUUUAUGCCAUAGUACCUAAUGCCACUCUGCAUCUCAAGAGGUGUUUAUACAAAAUGACUUCUAUACCUGGAGUUCCUAUCUCUAUAAGAUUUCUUCCUGACAGACAAACCUUAAGGAGAACAUAUAGCUCUGUAAAUGUUUCUUUUUAGAUGGAUUAGGAUAACGUGACAGUAAGAGGAGAUUCUGGCAAGUGUGCUCUGUAACAGCUGAUUACUUCCUGCUGUUCCCAUCCCUAAACUAGAGCCAGGUUUUAUUGAAUACAUGCCUUUGUCUUAGCUCUCUGUACAUAGUUAAGACAACGGGAACAGUGGAGGUGCUGCUCUGUUCUCUAAAUUUUGUGGGAGGAGUAACAGCAAUGCUGGGAGAGCCAGAAGUUUGAAACUGAUGGAGUUCUUUGAUUCAUGCACAUUGGAUCUUCUGGCAUCUGAAUCCCAUAUGCUAGUUCAAAUUCAUAUCUGUAUUGUGACUUGCUAUCCUAGCACCUUCAAGAUGGUUGCUGGUUGUGGUAAGUGGGAAUCAAAGUAUUAGGAAAGUUUAAGGACAGAUUUUUUUUCCAAGGUAUUCAGGCACUAAAUUCUUCAUUACUUCAGUGCCAAAUUGCCUAAAGUAAUCUACAAAUGUAUUUGUUCUCUAAUCACUGGGACCAGUAAAGAUCUAUUUCAGAAUUUUAAUCUUCAGGAAAGUUUUAUGGCUAAACCUGCAGUGCGUUUUCAAUGGCUUGUGCUAUAAGUAAAAACAUAGAGAAAGUAUAAUAAGGAAAUGAGCUGGAGGGAUUUCCUUUAUUUACUUUGUGAAGGAGAAAUUCAACCACUAAAAAUAAUCCCUGGGGUUUAGGGUUUUUUUUUUUUUUUUUACAUGACAGUAAAUGCUUCCUGUAUACCAAGGAUGCUUUGUUAUUUAGAUGUUAUUCUCACACCUGAACUAAGUAUUGAACCUCACCACAGAGAACUUUGGUUUUGCUGGUUUACAAAACAUGAAGAAUCUUGUACAAGCCAGUGGAAUUCUUCAUUUCCUACCUCAGAAUGUAUAUUAGCUUUUUGUGUCAUUGUGUGCAUGUACAGUAGGCAGCAACUAAGCAAAGGACUAUUGUAAAUACUGCUAUGCAGCUUUAUCUUGCAGUGAGACAAAACUUGCUGAAGAAUGUUCUUGGCAAGGAUCGAUCUUUUUUUUUUUUCUUCUCCCCUUCAUUUUUAGGUAACAUAGCAUUAAUAAAUGUAUUAAGACUAUUAAGCCACUUAUUUAAAACAAAAUUUAAGAGUUUGACGGAUUUCAACAGUACUUCUCAUAACCAGCAUGUAAUACAGAUGACUACACUACCUCACCUAUGGGAUUGAAAGUUGAUUCGUAUCUCUAGUGAUAUUCUUGGAUUUUCAUCAUAUAUCUUUACUUUUUUAAGGGGUAAAUUUGUUAAUGGAGCAGAGCUUGUAUAAAUCACAGUGCUUGCAGUAAUUGAAAUUCAGAAACAAAUACUGUAUGGCAGACAUCAUGAGAGUUCUGCUGGUUCCGAUAUAUUUUCAGAUAAUGGAAUUGAAAUGAUUUUAAAUCAAAUUGAAAUUCUUUUAAAUUGCUAUCAUUUAUAUAUGUUGAUUCUCUACAUGUAUUACUUGUGAAGCUCUCUGGUUCUCCAGCAUGUGUAAAUGCCUGGGUGAUUUAAUCCUUCCUCCGUCCUGUGCUGCCACCCUAGGCAGCGUUUUGCUCUGAAGUCUCUAUUUUAUUUAAAAAGCAAACCAACAGGAAACAAUAAAAACAAAUCAGAAAGCCCCAAACCCCUUUAUUGUCCUUACAUAAUAUCACCUUUAAAGCUGGUGGUGUUCUGAAAUGACGUGGAUAAUGACAUUAAAGCAUUAUCCUAUAGUACACGUACUCUAAAAUGAAAUUCCUUAGGUUAAAUGCUUUUUAUGAAGGGGUGGAGCAUAUAUGUAGAGAAUGACUGUCUGGGAGCUUAAACAUCUCCAGUGGCCCAAACCCCUGACACGCUUGGCUAUGGAUGUUGGAAAACAAAGUCAGUGAUUACCAAGUUCAGAGGUCGGAAUGUCCACCAAAGAGUUGAGCUCCACUGCUGCGGUCCGGCCGGUGAUCAGCCGGGUGUGACCGCUGUCCGGCAGGCAGAGCAGCAGUCAUGGCUGCAUUUCAGUGACAUUUGAAAUUCAUGUCAGGUAUUUAAAACCUAUGAUGAACUUGAUGAAGUUUGAGGGUAGGUUUUUGCCUAACCAGCUUCAUCUAAUUAAUGUUAAAAAUAUUUAUUUAAUACAGUAAACAUACAAGUUGCAUGUUGACUUCUAUAGCCUCUAUCAUCAACUUGCAAAAAUGAAGAAUGAUGGACAAUUUUAUGAUACAGAAUUCUCAGGUAAAUGUUUUGGAGUUUUUUGUUUUGGUUUGGUUUUGGGUUUUUUCAGUAAAGAAAUACUCGAUUUUGAAAUUGUAAAAUACUUUGUUAAAGCAUGUUUUAAAAUACUUUGGACAGACUAUCUUAAAGCCAUAAGAGUAUGAUGGCAUACAGAUUGUAAAAUAAACAGAUAAUGACAACAGUUGAUUUUGUAUCUUUCAUAAUUCAACAUUUUCUAAGACUGCAAUAAAAACCACUAUCCUUUCUACAAAGGCUUUUCUUUUUUGUACAAAUCUUUUGCAGUGAAAGUCUUUACUGGUGCAUUAUUCACUUGUGUAGUACUACUAAAAUACUUCUGACAACAGUAGCAAAGUAGUCUAUAUAGUUUAUAAGUUCCUGAAUAAUACACACAGUAGCAAAUAUUACUGAGUUGGAAUAAAUUUCCUGUAAGUUUGA